CACUUCACUGUCUAUUCCCAGUAAGACGAGAGUGCAAGCAAGUUUAAACUUCUGUUCACUCACUGUUAUCAAUCAGAAGAACCAUGCGGUGCUACCUGUUCAUUCCGAGAUAUUUGCUGGCUAUCGCCGCAUUUAUUACUUUUUCAAAUGAUUUCAUAUUGGUAUCUGGUGAUCAAUCGAUAGCAAAGCAAACAAAUGUAAACGUUAAUGUUUACUACGAGUCACUAUGUGGUGAUAGUAUUAGAUGGAUAAAAGAUCAGCUUUUACCCAGUUACACGUCCUUGAAGAAACAUCUCAAGAUCACUUUGAUUCCGUACGGUAAAGCAACGCAAACACGUAAUGCCGAAACCGGUCGGUGGCAUUUUUCGUGUCAACACGGACCUUCCGAAUGCCUUGGUAACAAAGCACAAGCCUGCGGUAUUCAUGCUAUAGAAUCUAAUUAUGAAGAAAAUGAACAGCAAGAUCAAAUAGUUAAUCUAAUCGGUUGUACUAUGAGCGAUCAAUAUCCACCAAGUGCUGUUGAAAAUUGUGCAGUAAAACAAAAUUUGAAAGAAGGUGCACUAAAGAGUAUAUCAGAAUGCACCAAAGCAGAUAAUUCUUUAGCAGAUGAUUUGCUUGCUGCUAAUGGUGAUAAAACGUGGGCUCUAAACCCACAACUUUCCUUCGUACCAACGAUAAUCAUUAAUGGAGUCUGGUCAGGAGAAAAUCAAAAAGCCGCAUUACACAAUUUCACAAAUACAAUUUGCGCUUUUUUGACAGAGGAUGAACAACGUUUAGUUUGUCCAACGUUGUAAGAUAAAAGAAAAAUCGACAGAAAUACUUGCAUAAAGUAACGAUAUAAAUUUUUUACCGAACACAAAACGAAAUAAAACGAAGAAGGACAAAGAAAAAUGAAACAAGUAAAAGAAAACAAUAAAGAAAAAUAUAUGACGGGAAACGAGGAAAAGAUGAUGCGAAUGAUAAAUUAAAAAGAAAAAAAGAAAAAGGGGAUGAUAGCUCGAGCAAGCGUUGGCCGAGUUUGACCCUGAAUUGAUAAGAAUGAUCAGCUUAACGUUUCUCGAGUAUUUCUACUCGUUCUCGCGUCUGCAAGAAGACUAUCAAGGACCGAACGAGAAGAUACUACCGCAUUUUUACACCGAACUUAAAGUAUCCCCCCUCCACUAUUCUUCUCUCUCUCUCUCUCUUUCUUUUUCUCUCUCUUCCUUCGGGAUCUCUUCUUCUUCUUCUUCUUCUUCUUCUUCCCCGCUUAUAAAGACGAUAAGGAAGGAACCCUCGAGAAGGAUACGACGACUACCGCAAGAAGAAAACCUAAGCACCGCCCACUCGCGUGGCUGUAGCUAGGCUUAUGCGAGAUGUGGGGAUCCUAUAUGGUGCAACACGUUCUAUGCACUUGUUUCUCUCUCUCUCUCUCUCUCUCCCUCUUUCCCUUAACCCUCUCUAUUACUUGAAUAUUACUUUUCCCCAAAGUCACACUUUAUUUUAUAUUUAAUUAAUAAUAAUAUUAAAUGAAAUUUCAAAUAUA